CUACAGCGUAUUCCGGUCCUUUCGCGUGCUCUGUUGAGCAGUCUCGUGUGCCGUAAUCAUGGCUCUCUACAACUUUAAAAAGAUUAUGGUGGUUCCCACCGCUAAGGACUUCAUAGAUUUGACUUUAUCCAAAACGCAACGUAAAACUCCCACUGUCGUACACAAGCACUAUCAAAUUCACAGAAUAAGACAUUUCUAUAUGCGCAAAGUGAAAUUUACCCAGCAGAACUACCAUGAUCGGCUGUCUCAGAUCCUCACAGACUUCCCCAAACUGGAUGACAUCCAUCCCUUCUAUGCGGACCUGAUGAAUGUCUUAUAUGAUAAAGAUCAUUAUAAACUGGCUUUGGGUCAGAUCAACAUCGCCAAGAACCUGAUUGACAAUGUUGCUAAAGAUUAUGUGCGCCUGAUGAAAUACGGAGACUCGCUGUAUCGCUGCAAACAACUAAAACGGGCAGCGCUGGGUCGCAUGUGCACCAUCUUAAAAAGACAGAAACAGAGCCUGGAGUAUUUGGAACAAGUCCGGCAGCAUUUGUCCCGUUUACCCACUAUUGACCCGAACACCAGAACCCUCCUUCUAUGUGGAUACCCAAAUGUGGGCAAGUCCAGCUUUAUCAACAAGGUAACCCGUGCUGACGUGGAUGUUCAGCCAUAUGCCUUCACCACCAAAUCGUUAUUCGUGGGUCACAUGGAUUACAAAUACCUGCGUUGGCAGGUUGUUGACACUCCUGGAAUUCUGGAUCAUCCUUUGGAAGAAAGGAAUACUAUAGAAAUGCAGGCCAUCACAGCUCUGGCUCACCUGCGUGCCGCCGUGCUCUACGUCAUGGAUCUGUCUGAGCAGUGCGGACACACUCUUUCCCAACAGUUAGAACUGUUCAACAGUAUAAGACCGCUGUUUGCCAACAAGCCUCUGAUCGUGAUGGCCAAUAAGUGUGACGUGAGGAAGAUCAGCGAACUAUCUGAAGAGAAUCAGAAAAUCAUUGAGGACCUCAUUGCUGAUGGGAUCACAGUGAUCGAGACUAGCUCUCUGACAGAAGAGGGAGUGAUGAAUGUGAAGACUGAGGCUUGUGAUCAGCUGUUGGCACACCGUGUGAACACAAAGAUGAAGGGCAAGAAGGUCCAUGAUGUUCUGAACAGACUCCACCUGGCAGUGCCAUCCAAAAGAGAUCAUAAGGAAAGACCUCCGUUUAUUCCAGAUGGGGCACUGAUCCGAAGGAAAGCAAUGGAGACAGAUGCUCCUAAACGCAAGCUGGAGAGAGACCUUGAAAUUGAGCUGGGAGAUGACUACACGUUGGACUUGCAGAAAUACUGGGAUUUGAUGAAUCCGGAUGAAAAGCAGGAUAGGAUUCCUGAGAUCUGGGAGGGACAUAAUAUCGCCGAUUACAUCGAUCCAGAGAUCAUGAAGAGGCUGGAACACUUGGAACAGGAAGAGGAACUGCGCGAGAAGGCCGGGGAGUAUGACUCGGAGGAAGAGGAGAGUGAGGAUGAAGAGAUGCAGGAGAUUCGACAACUGGCCAGUCAGAUUCGAGAGAAGCGUAAACUGAAGAUUCUCGAAUCCAGAGAAAAAAAUACAAAAGGACCCAGACUGCCCCGCACAGCCAAAAAGGUGGAAAGAGGGACUCUGGAGAAGGAUAUGUCUGAUCUGGGUUUGGACAUGACAGAUAAAGAUGACAGUCACUAUGCUCAGAGGUCACGCUCUCUAGUGCGGAAAAGAAAGAGGGAAUUGUCAGCCCCACCGACAUCACGCACCCGCAGUCAGAGUGCCUCAAGACCACCAAGGGACCAAUCAGGAGUCAGAGAUGCAAAGAUGUUGAAGAAGGCGAAGGUCUUGAUGAAGGGCUCACAGAAGGAAAUGAACAGACAGGGCAAGAAGGGAGAAUCUGACCGACAUGUGUUUGACCUCAAACCUAAACAUCUUUUUUCUGGGAAGAGGAAAUCUGGUUCCACCAGUCGCAGAUAAAAGCAUCCUUGCUCACCAAUUAUAUCUGUAUGAACGUCUUACACCUGACCUAUAUGCCUUUAUUAAUAAAAAAAUGUUCUAAUCCAUAUUUUAGUCAUUGUUUCUGAUACAGAAGGUAACACAGCUGUAAACAGAAAAGAAUGAUUUGUUAUUUACGUGUACGUUGUCAUCCCAAGUCUUGUGUAUUAUUCUGGAGGAGCUGUUGAUAAAGUCAUGUGCACGAUCAUGAUUUUAAACUUCAUAAAUGAAUAUGAAUUUGGACCUCAAGCUAAUGUAUGCAGCGGGAGUUAAAUAAAACGUUGAAAUAAUUGAGCCUUAAA